CUGCCCUCUGCCACUCCCGGCCGCAUCCAAGAACUCACACCGCUCUGCACACAAACGUCCUAUUCACAAGUAUGAGCAAACGUACAACGAGCUAUGUUUCUAACAAUUCACUGGCCUUCUCAAUCAAUCGCCUGAUCGACCGCACUGAGCUCCGCUUACGUCUCUAUUUCCUCUCCCUUCAAAUUGGUUGCUCUUACCUAUUUACUGCACUUGGGCUUGAUCGUAGCUUCUUAACCUGGUGUCCACUUGUAGCCAUCGCGCUUACCUUCAUCUUCGACUUGGCCUGCAUGACAGGUCAUGUGGCGCCCGAGCGACCGGCUGUGUUCCGCUUCGGGGAUCAGCUUGUAGCCAUGGUGGUCGUCUCCGCUUUCGGGUCGACUUGCAUUGUGCGUCAUCUGCUGCUUGUAUCUUAUAUUGUGAUCCCCGUAACCUCUCAGCUUCGUCUUCCAAACAAAACGUGUCUAGUAGGAUAUCUCAUGGUAGGGAUGGCGGUUCUGAGGGACUUUGAGUCUUGCCGUGAUUCGGCCUCAGCUGGUGAGUGUGCCCGAACCAUUUCGUCUUUCCUACGAUUAGCUAGUAGAUGACCCAACCUGUCAACCUGUCGACCACCCCCUCAGUCCUCGGAAGUCUCGUGCGUACAACAUGUUCCCAUUUUGGAAAUGACAUACGCCGCCUGUCCGCCUUUUCCCCCCAUAAUAACUGCAAUGCUUUUCCUUACUGCUUGACACAAGGCCCUUUGCUCUGGAUACUGGUUUAGUCACUGACUUGAAGUUCAGGGCAGCACUUGUGAGUCUGCAGCGUUGAUUCUAGGCGUCUACUCAUUUGCCAUUGGUUUCUACCGUCGCAUCCUCAGGUCUGAUGGGCAUAUCUGAUUUUGAAGUGGCAGUGUGGUAAAAGUGUUGCUCUCCCCUGGCUUCCGAAUUUGCAAUCACAUUUGUACUAGGAUUCAAGUUGAGCUACGUAUGGCAUUCUGAAACAAUUCCUUGCGAUGUCAGCUUCAGUCCCGGUUCCCAUUUGACUUGAAUGUUUAAUUUGUGUGAUACCAGUUCGAUCAAGUGCCUCUGUGACUUUUCGAACUGCGGCUGCCACUACUGCAAAAGUGCCUGCAAUUGUUCGAAACUGACUGACAUCUUUGGGUUCUUCUGACUCCUUUCGCCACUGUUGUAACGUUUCCACUUUACCUCUGCUCUCUGCCACCCCAAGCUGCGUCAGAGAAAGAACUCGCACCGCUCUGUACACAAACCUUCUAUU